ACUUGUGCUGGUGCUGCCUGUUGCUGAGUGGAAGACAGCAGAAAACCCUGGAUUCAAACCUCUGUUGGGCUUUUGUUUUGCUUUUGUUUCCUUUCAUUUUGUCUUAAGAAGAUGAACAAUGGAACCACGACCCUGAUAUCCUUGAGGAAGGCGAUGAAAAGAUUAGACCACAAACUCCAAGCUUUAAAAGCACAGUUUAAACAACUAGAUUUCACCAAGGAUAACCUGACACAAAAAUUUGAACAUCAUAGCAAGAUGCUGGCAAGCCAGGCAGCCCAAGAUGAGCUAUGGACAGCAGUUCUGGCGCUCAAGUUCACUUCAAUGGAAUUGAAUAUUGUAUAUAGCUAUGUCAUUGAAGUUCUCAUCUGCUUGCACACUCAUGUACUUGAGAAGCUGCCAGACCUGGUGAGAGGUCUUCCUACUUUAGCCUCUGUCCUUCGACGAAAAGUCAAGAACAAGUACAUCAGAGAUGCGUGGGAGUCUGUCCUGGAGGAGUGUGGGCUGCAAGAAGGUGAUAUCACAGCACUUUGUACCUUCUUUAUUGCACAUGGUAGCAAGGCAGAACACUACAGCGCCAAAGUGAGACAGAUGUACAUUAGGGAUGUCACUUUCAUGAUCACCAACAUGGUAAAGAACCAGGCUCUGCAAGGCAGUUUGCUGAGAGCCGUUCAGCUCAUUGAGAAGGGGAAAGCAGUGAAAGCCUCUGAAGAACAAAAGUCAUCCCUGAAAGAGUUGAUACCAACAGUCAAAAACUAACUUCUUACCUUAUGACCUAGCUAUUCUACCAUCUUUUUUGGACCAUAAGACACACCUAAGUUUUAGAGAAGGAAAAUAGGAAAAAAAAAUUUGAAGCAAAAAAUGUAGUAAAAUAUUUAAUAACAUAAAUAACAUAAUAUUUCACCAAUGUAAAUAUAAAGCCACAUUUGGACUAUAAAACACACCCCCAUUUUUCUCCCAAAUUUUGGGAAAAGGUGCAUCUUACAGUCUGAAAAAUAUGGUACUUCCAGUAAUUUAUCUUGCAAAUGGGGAAAAAUAUGUACAUACAAUUUUGUUAUGGACUUAUUUUUAUAGCAAAAGUUGGGGAACUAUUAGAGAAAUUAUGAUAAACUGAUAAGUGCAAGAACUUAUCAGUUUAUCUUUCUGUGUAGCCAUAUUAAAAAUGAAGAAUCUCUGUUUUAAUUGCAUAAUGAAUGAUGUGGAGUUAUCAUAAAGAUGUGCUGUUUUAAAAUAUAUAUUUUCAAUAUGUAUUGUUAAAUGUAAAAAGGAACAAACACAAAUACAUAUAUACACAUAUGUAAGCCAAUAUAUCCAUAAACUUCUUCUGGAGAAAUACAUAAGAAUGUGAUAACAUUGGUUGUCUUAGGGAAGAAAACUAAGAAGCUAAAGGGGUCAAAGGUAGGAGGAAGUCUUUUUACUGUAGUCCAUGUGUGCAUUUUGAAUUAUGAACGAUGUGAAUAUAUUAUCUAUUA